UUCAGUAGUCAUAACUAGACAAGGCUAAUUAAAGGUUUAUAAUACCAUUUCAACACAUUUCAACAUUUGGAAUCCUUUAAUAUCAGACAAAUGUUAAUAAUAAAUUGCAUAAGGACGCGAUUGAUAUGAUUUGUCGAAAUAAUCCCGGUGGCUACAGGGAGUAUUACGUGGCGCGCACGUAAUUACAAUGAAUUUUUAACAAAGGUACCUACGUCUGACCUUUCGAGAACGAAGUCUUGGCACUGUUAUAGGAUGUUCUUUUUCUUAUUUAACUUUGAAUCUUCAAUUGGUAGAUUGAAUGGAAGUUUGAGCUUGGAUUUCAGGUUCUAGGUUGAACAAAAGUUAUUCCUUCUCCCGUUAGUUCAUGCACUAAAUAAAGUCUAAUUAAAAUGACUUUAGUUUCGAACACUUCUUAGAAGCUGGGGUUAGAACUGCAAAACAAAUUUAAUCCCAGAUAUCUAAUUAUCGAUAUAAAAAAGAAUUAAGCCAUUUAGAGCAAGCUUGUCCUCGAUAAGUUGAAAACCGGUAAAAAAAGCCACCCUGUAGUGUCCAAGAAUAUUGUUCCACGAAGACAUUCGACACCGUACCCUACAUUCGUGCAAAGCAAAUCAAAUGUUAACAUGAAACACCUGAGUCUUAGCUACUGUUAAUUAAACUGAAAAAUCCCUAAAUAUUAAGGGGAUAAUUCUGAUUGGCUAUCAAUUAUUAGUCUGUCUGUUUUAAGAAUUAUUAUGAUUGGAAUUUUAUUUGAGGAGUGUAGGAUUCGGACAGCGCCCGUGUUGUAUAAAAAUGCAAUUAUGGUUCCUAAGUUUUGUGUAUUUGCUAGUUCCUGUAUGUUCGGAGGAGUUUCCUUCGUUAAUUACUGCAAAUGCAUCAUUAGCUGUAGUUUUAGAUCGGCAGUAUUUAGGAGAAAAAUACCAGACAGUUCUGGAUGAGCUUAAGGACUAUAUCAAGGAGCUAGCGAGAGUUGAGCUCAAGCAUGGCGGUGUCAUUGUUUAUUACUAUUCCUGGACUGCUGUUAGUUUGAAAAAAGGUUUUUUAGCUGUGUUCAGCAUAGCAUCCUGUGAAGACACUUGGGAUUUAUUUUCUCGCACAGAAGAAGAGGAACUAUUGUUGUUCGCGCUCACAGAAGUUGAUUGUCCGAGGCUGCCUUCUCGUUCAGCAAUUACAGUGACGUAUACUGACCCUGGACAAGAGCUUCCACAGUUGCUUCUAGAUUUGAGAACAUCGAACUCCUUUCAAUGGAAGUCUGCUAUUAUAUUGCAUGAUGAUACACUCAGUCGGGACAUGGUAUCCCGAGUAGUGCAGUCUCUAACAUCACAGAUUGACGAUGAGAGCGCGUCCCCAGUAUCCGUCACGGUGUUCAAGAUGAAACACGAAAUCAACGAGUAUUUGAGACGAAAGGAGAUGCAUCGGGUGUUGUCGAAGUUACCUGUUAAGUAUAUUGGUGAAAAUUUCAUAGCAGUGGUGACAUCAGACGUGAUGGCUACAAUGGCGGAGACAGCUCGGGACCUGCUAAUGUCCAACACGAUGGCUCAGUGGCUCUACGUCAUAUCCGAUACCAACGCACAGAACGGGAACUUGAGCAAUCUGAUCACCGAUUUGUAUGAAGGCGAGAAUGUGGCUUACAUCUUUAACCUAACGGAUAAUAGUCCAGACUGCAAGAAUGGGCUAAUGUGUUACUGUCAAGAGAUGUUGGAUGCCUUCGUAUCGGCGUUGGACUCGGCGAUACAGGAAGAGUUUGACGUAGCUGCACAGGUUUCUGAUGAGGAAUGGGAAGCUAUUAGGCCGAACAAAAUACAGAGACGGGAUAUGCUCUUGAAACAUAUGCAGCAACACAUAUCCACUAAGAGUCGAUGUGGUAACUGUUCGACCUGGCGCGCUCUAGCCGCGGACACUUGGGGCGCUACUUACAGAGGUCAACCAGACAACCCAGAUAGUACUGCAGCCAAUACAAAUGGAUCCCUAGGAGUAAUAGAGAAGGUUGAAUUGUUAAAUGUUGGAUACUGGCGUCCAAUUGACGCGGUCCGGCUCACCGAUGUGUUGUUCCCACAUAUUCACCAUGGAUUUAGAGGGAAGGAAUUACCUAUUAUAACUUUUCAUAACCCGCCGUGGACGAUACUGCAACGUAACGAGUCUGGUGCUAUAGUUAAAUACAGCGGACUUAUAUUCGAUAUUAUUACCCAGUUAGCCAAGAAUAAGAACUUUACAAUUAAAGUAAUACUGCCAUCUGUUUUAAAGAAAGAAUUAACCAACGAUACACUUUCAGACGCAAUGCUGAGUAUGGACGCAAAGUUGGCGAUAUCGGCUAUAGUUAAAGGGCAAGGAGCUAUAGCCGCGGCGGCUUUUACCGUCCUAGCCGAUCAUACGCAAGGUAUAAACUACACAAUGCCAGUGAGUAUUCAAUCGUACUCGUUCAUGAUAGCAAGACCGAGAGAGCUUAGCAGAGCGCUGUUGUUUCUACUACCGUUUACGACUGAUACAUGGCUGUGCCUUGGAUUAGCAGUCAUACUAAUGGGCCCUACAUUAUACAUCGUCCAUAGACUAAGUCCGUAUUAUGAAGCGAUGGAGAUCACUCGGCAAGGAGGACUUGCCACAAUACAUAACUGUCUAUGGUAUAUUUACGGAGCUUUAUUACAACAAGGUGGGAUGUACCUCCCCCGGGCUGACAGCGGUCGCCUCGUAGUCGGGACAUGGUGGCUGGUCGUGCUGGUGGUAGUAACCACUUACUCCGGCAACCUGGUCGCUUUCCUCACGUUCCCCAAGCAAGAGGUCCCAGUGACAACCGUCGCGGAACUUUUGGAUAACAAGGCCCUUUACACGUGGUCCAUCAAUAAGGGAUCCUAUUUGGAGAUGGAGUUAAAGAAUUCAGAUGAGCCGAAGUAUGCAGCUUUGCUGAAGGGAGCUGAGCUGAUCCCUGCCUCUGUAGGCCCAGCAAAUUCCGCGCUUUCUAAAUCCGCCCUACUACAGCGAGUCCGCUUGCACCGGCACGUCAUCAUAGACUGGAAGCUUCACCUGAGCGACAUGGUGAAUUCUGAUCGAAUGGAGUCUGAGAACUGUGACUUCGCUUUGAGUGUUGAAGAAUUUCUUGACGAAAAAGUAGCGAUGAUCGUUCCAGCGGGUAGUCCAUAUCUACCUGUUAUUAAUAAAGAACUCGAACGCAUGCACAAAGCAGGCCUCAUAACGCGGUGGCUCAAUGCCUACCUGCCGAAAAAAGACCGUUGCUGGAAGACAUCGUCUGUGAUGCAGGAGGUCAACAAUCAUACCGUCAACCUGAGUGAUAUGCAGGGAUCCUUCUUUGUCCUUUUUAUGGGAUUCUUCUCAGCAUCAACAGUCCUGCUGCUGGAGUUUCUAUACCACAGGCGGAAACGUAGGAGCGACGAGAUCGUUAUAAAGCCUUACGUUGAAUAAUUUAUACGCAAUAACUAUAAUAUUAACAUACUCGUGGAAAAAUACUCAUGUUUCCACUAUCUCGUUACUGUGUAUUAUUCGCCUACGUUUUAUAUGGAAAUUAAACGUUUUUUAAAGGUUUCAGAAGUUUUACUUGGUGGCUUUUCAAAAAUUGCUUUGCAUACGCUGAAAUUCAGUAUGUCGGUGUUAGGCGCAAGUACUAUCAGGAGAACUAUAUUAUGAUGAUAUUUCGGUGUAAGUUCUCAGUUGAUAUCUGUAGACCUUGUCGUAGCACUAAA